AUGCACAUCCGUUGAGUCCCAAAGCUUCCAUUCCGUCUUCUUCUUUCUCCUUUUUGCCCUACUGGUUGGGGUUUCAAAUGCUCUUGAGCCUUCUUGUUGCGAUAAUAAUUAAUCUUCUUUUUGGUUUGAGUUGUGGGUUUUGCACGAAGACGUGGUCUGGAUUUGGAUUAUUCUUGUGGAUUAUUAGUCUUUGCUCAUGCCGACCCUCGUCAACUGCCGUGGCGAUGAUGAAUUCUAUCCUGGCGGUUCUUUUUACUCGAAUCCUGUGGAUUUGGGUCGCUUGUUCUCAAUUGGUUCCCAUGUGGAUGUGUACCGACCUCCUUGCAAGCGGGCUCGGAUCAGUGCCCCAUUUGUCUUUGGGGGAAAUGAGUUUGAGGAGGACAAGAAACCAUCCAUUGACGUUCUUCCUGAGGAAUGCCUUUUUGAGAUAUUCAGACGCGUCCCUGAAGGCAAAGAGAGGAGCUCCUGUGCUUGUGUCUCCAAGCGUUGGCUUAUGCUUCUGAGCAGUAUCCGUAAGGCUGAUGACAUUCACAAGGAGGUGCCGGUUUCUGAUAAUGUUGAUAUGGUCACCGGUAAUGAAGAUCAGGAUUUGGAAAGUGAUGGAUACCUUACGAGGUGUUUGGAAGGGAAGAAAGCUACCGAUGUUAGACUUGCUGCAAUUGCAGUUGGAACCAGAGGCCGUGGGGGACUGGGAAAGCUGUCGAUCCGAGGAAGCAACUCUCUUCGUGGGGUCACCACCCUUGGCCUCUCAGCUGUAGCCCGCUGUUGCCCAUCUCUCAAGGCUCUUUCCUUGUGGAAUAUUUCUUCUGUUGGGGAUGAUGGCCUAUCUGAGAUAGCAAAAGGAUGCCAUUUGUUGGAGAAGCUUGACCUUUGUGAGUGUCCCUCGAUUUCUAACAAGGGCUUGAGUGCAAUUGCCAAGAACUGUCCUAAUUUGAUUUCAUUGAAUAUUGAAUCAUGUUCAAAAAUUGGGAACGAAGGCUUGCAAGGUAUUGGAAGGUUUUGCCCCAAGCUGCAGUCUAUCUCUUUGAAAGAUUGCCCCCUUGUUAGCGAUCAUGGAGUAUCAAGUCUAUUGUCAUCAGCUCCUCUGCUGUCAAAGGUAAAGCUUCAGGCCUUGAACAUCUCCGACUUCUCCCUUGCCGUGCUUGGGCACUAUGGAAAAGACAUUACAAAUCUAGUCCUUAGUGGUCUUCAAAAUGUUAGUGAGAAGGGUUUUUGGGUCAUGGGUAUUGCUCAGGGUCUGCAAAAACUGGUGUCAAUGACAGUCACUUCUUGUCGGGGUAUAACAGAUGUGGGUCUUGAAGCCAUUGGCAAGGGAUGCAUCAACCUGAAGCAGAUAUGCCUUCGCAAGUGCUGCUUUGUGUCCAACAAUGGACUGGUAGCUUUUGCCAAAGCGGCAGGAUCACUAGAGAGCCUGCAGCUGGAAGAGUGUAACAGGGUUACCCAAUUAGGGAUUAUUGGUGCCAUCUCAAACUUUGGAACAAAGUUGAAGUCUCUUACCCUAGUGAAGUGCAUGGGAAUCAGGGAUUUGGCUUUGGGAUUUCCUUUGCCUUCUCCCUGCAUCUCUCUUCGAUCCUUGUCCAUACGAAACUGCCCCGGAUUUGGUACUGCUAGCCUGGCUAUGGUGGGUAAGCUAUGCCCUCAGAUUCAGUAUCUAGACCUGACUGGGCUCUAUGGAAUAACCGAUGCUGGGCUUCUCCCUGUUCUAGAGAGCGCUGAGGCAGGACUUGUCAAGGUAAUACUUAGCGGCUGCUUGAAUUUGACAGAUGAAGUAAUUUUGGCCUUGACUAGGCUACAUGGCGGAACCCUGGAACUCCUGAAUCUUGAGGGAUGCAGGAAGAUUACUGAUGCUAGCUUGGUGUCAGUCGCAGACAAUUGCUUGGUACUCAAUGAUCUAGAUGUGUCAAAGUGUGGAAUCACAGAUUCUGGCAUCAAAAUACUUUCCUGUGCUGAGCAGCUCAAUUUGCAGGUCCUCUCUUUGUCGGGUUGUUCUGAAGUAUCAAACAAGAGCUUGCCUUACCUGGAGAAAUUGGGUAAGACACUGGUGGGGCUGAAUCUCCAGCACUGCAAUUCAAUCAGCUGUAGCACAGUCGAGCUGCUCGUGGAGAGCUUGUGGAGAUGUGAUAUCCUUUCCUAACCAGGGAUGGACAUUACUCUUAUUUGAUGGAUCAAAGAGGCAGUUAUAAAGAUGUUGAACCAGAUUAGGAAAUCCAACAACUCUGUUUUGACUCGACAAAUAGUAGAUGCAUAAGGCUCGUACUCUCAACUCACACGGGUAGCAGCAGUCAACAUACGUUUUUAGCCUAUCAGCAGUGAGGUGCCGGUAGCUUAGUGGCUUGGUUGUUUUCCAGGGGAAUGUGGCAGAUCUUCUUCCAUCCUUUUUUAGCAGGCUUUCUUGACAUGGGAAAGCUUGUUUCAGCUAUUUAGCUCCCCACUGAUGUGGGGGGCUUCUUUUAUGGCCAUGUUUCCCGAGAAUACAGUUACCAAGUCCCUGGUUUGAGGUCCUCACUUCCCGGUUUUGUUUUGCUGGAUCUUCUAUUCCCAGUGGUUUUUAGCUUCUUCACACGGUCUUUGAUAGUGUUAAAGCUGUUUUUGUUUAUUUCCAGUCUCACAGAGUCUGUUGUCAGAUUCAGUCUUAAGUUAGUUUCUCGUGUCUAGUGUUUGGUUGCUUUGUGCAGUUGUAAGCAUGAAAUGCCGCAGAUUUAUGGGCUGCAGUGGUGGUGGCAGAGGCCAUUAGGUCUGCCAUGACAACCUUGUUGGUUGUUUUUUGUAACUUUUCACACUGUUCUUGGUUUUGCAGGCUUCUCCUCCUUAUGAAUUGUAUUCGGGCAACUACGUUAAUUUGCAUGAAAUGGGGCUAUCUGCCCUUCUUAUUGA